GCUCUGGGCCUGGUGCUGGAAGCGGAGCAACCAUGGAGAAUCUGGAAAAGCAGCUGAUCUGCCCCGUCUGCCUGGAGAUGUUCUCCAAACCUGUGGUCAUCCUGCCCUGUCAGCACAACCUCUGCCGCAAGUGUGCCAAUGACAUCUUCCAGUCAGCUAAUCCUCUGUGGCAUUCCCGCGGUUCCUCCAGUGCGACGGCCAGUGGCGGUCGUUUUCGCUGUCCGUCGUGCCGCCAUGAGGUGGUGCUGGACCGCCAUGGAGUCUAUGGCCUCCAGAGGAACCUGCUGGUGGAGAACAUUAUCGACAUCUAUAGACAGCAGGAGUCCUCCAGACUUGUUAGCAUGAAACCAGAGCAGCAGCAGCUCAUGUGUGAAGAACAUGAAGACGAGAAGAUCAACAUCUACUGUUUGUCCUGCCAGACGCCGACCUGCUCCAUGUGCAAAGUGUUCGGACAGCACAGAGACUGUGACGUGGCUCCGCUCGGCACCGUCUACAUGAGACAGAAGACGGAGCUGAGUGACGGCAUUGCGAUCUUGGUGGCCAGUAAUGACAACGUCCAGGCAGUCAUCUCUCAGAUGGAAGCAAUCUGCUGCACCAUAGAGGAAAACGGCCAGCGGCAGAGAGAACACCUGAGCGGCCACUUUGAACGUUUGGUGGCCAUCUUGGAGGAGCGGAAGCAGGAGCUGGUGGGUCUCAUCACCAAAGAACAGGACGAAAAGCUCAAACAUGUUCAGUCGCUCAUCCGUCAGCACAGCGAUCACCUGGAGGUGGGCGUCACGCUGGUCGAGUCAGGCAUACAGUCCAUGGAGGAGCCACACAUGCCUCUGUUUAUACAGAGCGCCCAAGCCAUACUGGAAAAAAUGGCGGCGAUGGCGAGAGCCUCGAAGUUGGAGCUUCCAGAGCUCGGUUAUGAGAGUAUGAGCCACUUCAUCAUCGAUAUCGAUGACCUCGCUGACACACUGAGAAACAUCAGCUUCUGCUGCAGUGUGGCGGUUGAUGAAGAAGAUUUUGAAGAAGUUGAGGAAGAUUUGGACUUUGGCUCCAGAUUUUAAGACCGAAAGGCAAAGAAGCUGAUCAUUUUUGACUGACUUCAGUGGAGAUUUUUAAAAGUUGUCAGAGAUACUGAACGAACAGCCUGGUGAUCUGCAAUCGAUAAACUGGAGUUUUGUUUGGCCAAGGCUGUAGAGUGUGUGCGAUUUUGGUAUUGAAAGUGUCAGAUUCCUCACAGUAGUUAUUCCGCUUCUAGUUCUUGUCCAUCAGUCGUAGAAGAACAAAGUUUGCAGAAAUAUAAUCGCGUUUUCACAAUCAGGCUUUACA